AUGACUCCUCGGUCUCUCAUGUUUUUGAUCCCUGGGGAGGCAUCUUCAUUCUCGGUACACAGCAAAAGUAUUGUCUCACUAGGAAGAUCCAGGACUAAUGACUGUCAUCUAUGUGUCCAAAUCUGGGAAGCGAAGAAAACAGAUUUCCAGCUGCUGUUGCUAAAUGAACAAGCCGGUGGGACUGCUGUCUCACUUCUUUACCGGUGGGAAUUCAUGGACAGAAAGUAUACGAAAACUUUAGAACAAUGGGACCAUGAGCCUAAAAGACUGCGAUUCAUUAUAAGUGACGACUUGAAGAAUUUUGGAGAAUGGUUUAAAGACGAUCUAGAACGAGAAUCGAAUCGCAAGAAGGAACAAAUGAUAUUCUGGAUGACCGCCGUCGCCGAUCCGCCAGUGAAAAGAACUCCCAGUUGUAAUCUCAAUCUUAUUCACAAUAUAAACACUGGAUCCGGGGAAACUCAUCAACUGGCAAGGAUGUGGGUUGAAAAUUGUUUUGUGAAUCAUUCUUGUGGAGAUUUAUACAAAGCCAGAGGUCGUUGGAAUCCCACUCGAGUCUUGGAUCUGGAAGCCUCCGAUAGCCACAAUAGCAUUAAGUUGUGGGAACCUGGAACCGGGCACAAGAAUAUCACAUACGUCACGCUGAGCCAUUGUUGGGGUGCGCAGACGUUUCUCUCGUUGACGGCGUCUACAUACGAACAAUUUAAGAAGCAUGUUCCCUCAGAGGCACUUACUGAUACAUUCAAGGAUGCGGUGUCCACAACUCGCAAACUUGGAAUCCGACACUUAUGGAUCGACUCUUUAUGUAUUCAACAAGGGAAUGAAGUUGAUUGGCUAAUUGAGGCCAACCGGAUGGGAGACGUCUACAAAUACGGCUACUGCAACAUCUCGGCUGCUUUCAACGAGAAGUCAAAAGCGAGUCUCUAUGUCGAACGUAACCCUUUGACAGUCAAACACCUGGUACUAGCAAUUGACAACGGAGAGAGACCCCAAGAACCCACGGCACUGUAUCUGUUCCAUCGUCAAUUCAACGAAUGGAGCGACAUCGAAGCAACUGUCAACACUCGAGCGUGGGUUUCCCCAGGAGCGCGCCAUAUCGCCACGUACCCUUUAUUUUGGCUCAAACCAAGUCUUCUUUGA